GACUGUGUUGAGUGGUUUCUCGCUCCAAAAUCCCAGCCACCACGAUGAGCAUUCCGAAAGCGGUGGCAGCAACGAUCCGGCUGACGGUGCCGGCGGGAGGCGCACGUCCGGCGCCACCAGUCGGACCGGCGCUGGGUCAGUACCGGCUAAACCUGAUGGCAUUCUGCAAGGACUUCAACGCGCGUACCCAGAAGUUCAAGCCCGACACUCCCAUGGCGGUUUCCAUCACCGCCUACAAGGACAACACCUUCGAGUUCACCGUCAAAUCACCCUCCGUCGCCUGGUACCUCAAGAAAGCCGCCGGCGUCGAAUCCGGUAGCGGCCGCCCCGGUCACGUGACCGCCUCCACGGUCUCCCUCCGCCACGUGUACGAGAUCGCGAAGCUGAAGCAGACCAACGACGCUCACCUCCACAACAUGCCGCUCGAGUCUCUCUCCAAGUCGAUCAUCGGAACUGCCAGUAGCAUGGGGAUUAAGAUCGUGAAGGACCUUGAUUGAAUUCUUAAGCUCUGGUUUUGAUUCUGAUCCUCUUUUGUUCUAAUCUCUUUUUGUUAUUGUUGUUUUGAUCUAGCUAUGUUGAAUGUUGGAUUAGGAGCAAGAGAUUAUGCUUCUGUUUGAACAUGGAUUAGAAUGAGUUGAUAGAAAUUUGUAUUGAAUAUUGAUUGAAUGGAUUUCUUGUUCAAUGAAGUAGCAUAAAAAAUUUACUGUUAA